ACAGUUCUUAAAAAUUAUCUUGCUGACGUUUACCUCAAAUUUUUAUUUUCAUUUAAGGCUUCAGUUGAUAAGAGAAAGCCUUGAAAAGAGCCGGCUCCUUUUAAGAACAGUUAAAAGGAUCAUUUUUUAACAAUGGGAAUACAAAGAAUCAAUCCUAACAAUUUAAAGUAUGUGUCACUUUUGACGUUAACCGUUCAAAACUCUGCUGUGAGUUUAUGUAUGAGAUAUGCAAAGACACGAGAUGGUGAUAUAUUCUUCAGCUCUACUGCUGUGUUUUUAGCGGAAGUUGUUAAACUGAUAACAUGUAUUGGUCUUGUGUUUAUGGAAGAGGGGACAUUUCUUAGAUUAAAGGCCAGUGUCCACAAUGCAAUUAUUAAAAAUAAAGUUGAUACAAUGAAAAUGACAGUUCCAAGUCUGAUCUAUGUGCUUCAAAACAAUUUAUUAUAUGUCUCAGCAGCAAAUCUUGAUGCGGCCACAUAUCAAGUGACGUAUCAACUUAAAAUUCUUACAACAGCCGUUUUUGCAGUCAUCAUGUUAAGGAAAAAGUUAAUUCCAACACAAUGGGGAUCACUUUUGAUUCUUGUAUUGGGUGUUGCACUUGUUCAAUUAUCUCAAGGUGGUGAAACCAGAAUUAUCAACGUCGCACAAAAUCGAUUCCUUGGAUUCUCUGCAGCACUUGGAGCUUGCUGCUUAUCAGGAUUUGCCGGAAUUUAUUUCGAAAAAAUGUUGAAGACAUCUGAUUUGUCAGUCUGGAUGAGAAAUAUUCAAUUAAGUCUUCUAAGUCUUCCACUUUCUCUUCUAAUGACAAUGAUCAAUGAUUACACUGCCAUUUCCAACCAAGGAUUCUUCUUUGGAUAUGAUCUUUUCGUUUGGUUCCUUGUUUUACUUCAAGCUUGUGGUGGUCUCAUCGUAGCUGUGGUUGUGAAGUAUGCUGACAACAUACUCAAAGGUUUUGCAACAUCUCUUGCCAUCGUCCUAUCAUGUAUUGUUUCAAUUUAUCUCUUUAGCUUUUUGUUAACUCUUCAGUUUGCCUUCGGAACUAUUCUUGUUAUAAUUUCAGUAUUUUUAUAUGGAUAUGAUCCUAAUAAGAAUAACAAAAGUACUAAGAAAAGUAGUAAUCAUGCUGAUGAAGAAUCUCUUCUUGAUUCUGAACCACAGAAUGUAUAGAAAAUAUCUACAUAAUUUAACAAGCAAUGAAAAGAAAUUUAAAAAUCUUCACAGUAUGCACAAAAAAAAAUUGUAGACUUGAAUAAUUUUCUUGCUAAGAUAUCUGAAAAUGUUAUAUUAAAAAUAUCAGAUAUGUUUUUAAAUCCGAAGAGAAUUUUCUAUUUUAAAUCUUUUACCAUGAAAUCUCUUGAAAAAUUUUAAAUUACAUUAGGAUAUUAAAUUAAAAAUUAUUCAGUAAUUAUGUAAAACAAUGAAACUGAAGACAAAGUUGUACCUUGUACUUACUUACGAUUCAUUAAAGGAAAAUCGAAAUAAAUUUUUACUUACUUUAUGGAA